AUGUCGAUUCUCGUGUAUUUCUUCUGUGUCGUCAUACUCCAAGUGAGCACAAGCAAUCGUGUUCUUGCUGAAGACAAUGCCAUUGAGCCGAAAGGUUUCGGAUUCUUUGGUGGAUUCCGUCCUCCUUCUCCUAUAGUGAUACGGCCUCCACUACUACCACCACCUCCCCCGGUGGUAAAACCAUUACCUCCUCCGCCACCACCGGUGGUCAAACCACAACCUCCUCCGUCUCCAUCGGUAGUCAAACCACCUUCACCGGUAGUCAAACCACCUUCACCGGUAGUCAAACCACCUUCACCGGUGAAACCUAAACCACCCACUCCGUCUGUUUACGGACCGACGCAACCAUCUCGAGUGACACCAAUCAAACCGCUGGUUCCGUGCCAACGCCCGUUCGUCGUCUAA